AUGCUUUCCGGAUGGUAUCUCGUUCUGCUGGGUUCUUUACCCGUGCAGUGUCUGUCCAAUACUUCCAGCCGCGGGACCUUUGAGAAUCCCGAUGCAGUCACUCGUGCCUUCUUCCGUUACUGGUUUCCAGAUGCCGGCGUUGAUCCUGACCUCGUAGCUGCGGAUAUUGCCAGUGCGGGCGACAUCGGCGCCGGCGGCGUCGAGUUCCUCCCAUUCUACAACUAUGGUGGCUGGACUGCGUCGUAUCCCAAGGGCGCCGAUUGGGGCACUUAUGCAUUCGGCACGGCUCCUUUCCUCAACAUUUUCCGCCGGGCUUUGGAGGCUCAUGCGGAAAAUGAUAUGGUUAUGGACUUCUCCAUGGGACCAAAUCAGGGACAGGGCGUACCGGCGCAGUCGGACGACGAAGGGCUGCAGUGGGAUCUAGUCCCGUUCGCAGCUCCCUGCACGGGAAAUGGUACAGCAAAGAUCCCAGGCUGGGGGUCAGGUGAACUCGUUGCUAUCGUGACAGGCCUCGUCACAGAAGUCAAGAAUGCCACAACUCUACCACCAGUCCUUGACCUUAAAGUGCAAGGGGGCUCUCUUCAAGUGGCUACGAAGCUCGUCACGGAAGCUGGAGUACUGCAAGCCGCUGCUUGUCCAGCAGUCUCAAACUCCGAGGCCUGGAUAUUCGCAUUCUACCAGCGGAGGACGUUGAUCAAGAACGUCUUGUUCCCUUUUCGUGAUCCAAACGAUAUAUUUCAGAACGGUUCUUACACAGUCGAUCACUUUAGCGAGCGGGGUGCGCAAACAAUCAUUAACUUUUGGGAAAAGCACAUCCUGGGUGACGGCGUGGACGAGUUGCUCGCCUCAGUCGGAAACUAUGGGUGGGAAGACAGCUUGGAAAUAUUUUCCAACAUGUCCUGGACUCCGGGACUCCCCGAACGGUUUCUGGCCGAUCAUGGGUACGAAAUCCACCCCUUCCUGCCUCUACUCAUGUGGGGCAACAACAAUUUGGUGAUGCAGACCUCGAACCCUGGGAAGGUCCGUGUCAAGCUUGAUACCCCAGACGGUGGUGUUGGAUAUAUCAACGCAUAUCGCGAGACGCUGCAGCAUUGCUACAGAGACUACCUCAGCGCCCUGUCAUCCUGGACCAACAGCCGCCUCGGCCUGGCCAUGUCCGCCCAGCCUGCCUACAAUAUGCCCAUGGACACCCUCUCGAGCGUCCCAUUCGUUGAUAUUCCCGAGUGCGAGAGCCUAGGGUGGGAGGAUAGCAUCGACGGCUACCGCAGGUUCAGCGGCCCUGCUGCCUUGGCCAGUCAGCGCAUCGUCUCGAACGAGAUGGGCGCGACUUUGAAGCCGUUCCACCUGGCGAUCCCCGACCUUCUAGCCUCGGUCAACCGAGCCUUUGCCGGCGGCGUGAAUCGCAUGGUCCUGCAUGGACAGGCGUACGCGCACGACUACUACGAGACCACCUGGCCAGGCUACACACCGUGGCAGUAUAUCAUCUCUGAGCCCUUUUCGGAAAAGUUUCCCAUGUGGCGCCACGGGCUUGAAGAGGCUCUCGAAUACCUCGCACGAUCGCAACACGUCCUGCAGAGUGGUGUCCAGCGUGUAGACCUGGCGUUGUACUACAAGGCUUCGGCAAGCGAGUUCCUCACUAAUUCUGUGGGGAACGGAACAGACUUGUUGGAUUCCGGUUACUCAUAUGCAUACUUGUCUCCAGACAAUUUCCAGCUACCAAGUGCCGUGGUCAGGCAAGGGCAGCUAGCGCCAGAGUCAGCUGCAUUCAAGGCUCUCGUUAUCACGAAGGCCGACGGAAACCUGACCCUGGAGGGCACUCACAAAAUUAUUGAAUUUGCUGAGCAGGGCCUGCCGAUACUGAUCGAAGGGGAACCGGGGUACUACCCAAUUGGUAGUGGAUCGGACGCCCCUGCUCUUACAGAGCUUCUUGAGGACCUUUACAGCCUACCCAGCGUGCAUCGAUACUCUGAGGGGGGACUCCUCGAGGCUCUUGAUGCUGCUAAUGUGGUUCCACGAGUAACGACUAGCUUCAACAGCACCUUGCAUACUGUCUGGCGUGAAGAUUCAGAUAACGACAUCGGCUACUUGUUCAUCUUCACAGAUGGCAAAUCCGCCUCAGGAUCUGUGGAGGUCGAUAUCCAGGGGCGGACGCCCUAUGUCAUGGACGCAUGGACGGGUGCAGUCACGGCGCUUUUCCAUUACUCAGUUACUGGGGAUGGUAAGCGUAUCAAUAUUCCCCUCGAUCUUGCGCCUGGGCAGACCGUCAUUUACGGUUUUGCUGGUGGAGAGCUACCCGAGGUGGAUGUACCGCCCUUCUCGGUCAGCAAGCUGCCAGAAGGUGUCCUCGGAUACAGAUACUCUCACUCUGAGGGACUUACACUCAGCCUAGGGACCGAUUCGCACGCCGGUAACUCCACGCUGACAUUGUCAGUUGGAAAUCAAACCAGCUCGGUCCCAAUCAGUGGUGGUAAUCUGUCUCAGCCCGCCUUUGAGCUCACCGCGUGGACGCUGAUCGCAGAGCACUGGGAAGCGCCCGAAAACAUCUCGGAUGGUGAGACUAUCGCGGUGAAGAGGAACACGACGCACGAGCUUGUCACACCCCUCCCGGGCUGGAUGGAGCUGGGGCCGGAGCUGGCCAACGCCUCGGGCAUCGGAUAUUACUCCACCUCCUUCGACUGGAGCCUCGACUUGACCCACCAUGGCGCCUAUCUCGAGUUUCUUUCCCCGGCGCUCAACUACCUUCGAGUUUUUGUCAAUGGUGAGCGGCUCUCGCCCGUGGACCCCACGCGACCCGUAGUCGACGUCAGUUCGGCUCUGCACGCCGGUCGCAAUGAGGUCCUCGUCGUUGUGCCUGCCACUAUGUGGAACUACAUAAGGAGCAUUCGAUCGAAAUUGGUCUCGUCUGGAUUGAAGGCUGGGCCCUACGCAGAAGAUGGGGAUGACUCUACCUUUGGGGGACCCUAUCCCCUGGCGCCGCCUUCGGAGAACGGCCUACUUGGCAGCGUUGUUGUUCAACCUUUUGAAAGCGUCAACGUGCCCAUCCGAAGGCCUCGUUCCAGAUUCGUCUAG